GAUGCCUGAGCCUGUAAAGUCCGCGCCCGCCCCGAAGAAGGGCUCCAAGAAGGCCGUGACCAAGGCGCAGAAGAAGGACGGCAAGAAGCGCAAGCGCAGCCGCAAGGAGAGCUACUCGGUGUACGUGUACAAGGUGCUGAAGCAGGUGCACCCCGACACGGGCAUCUCCUCCAAGGCCAUGGGCAUCAUGAACUCGUUCGUCAACGAUAUCUUCGAGCGCAUCGCGGGCGAGGCUUCCCGCCUGGCGCAUUACAACAAGCGCUCGACCAUCACGUCCCGGGAGAUCCAGACGGCCGUGCGCCUGCUGCUGCCCGGGGAGCUGGCCAAGCACGCCGUGUCCGAGGGCACCAAGGCCGUCACCAAGUACACCAGCUCCAAGUGAGCGCGAUGAACUCGCUCUUGACUCAAAGGCUCUUUUCAGAGCCACCCAA